GGUGCGGGCCCCGCCGGCCGCUGCGCGCCCGCUGCCAUGGCUUUCCGCAGGAGGACGAAAAGUUACCCGCUCUUCAGCCAGGAGUUCGUCAUCCACAACCAUGCGGACAUCGGCUUUUGCCUGGUGCUCUGCGUCCUCAUCGGGCUUAUGUUCGAGGUCACAGCCAAGACUGCCUUCUUAUUUAUUUUACCUCAGUAUAACGUUAGUGUGCCUACAGCAGACAGUGAGACCGUGCACUACCACUACGGCCCCAAGGACCUGGUCACCAUCUUGUUCUACAUCUUCAUCACCGUCAUCUUGCACGCUGUGGUUCAGGAGUACAUCUUAGAUAAAAUCAGCAAACGGCUUCAUCUCUCCAAGGUCAAGCACAGCAAGUUCAAUGAAUCUGGACAGCUGGUCGUCUUUCAUCUCAGCUCAGUGAUUUGGUGCUUCUACGUGGUAGUGACGGAAGGAUACUUAACAAACCCAAGAAGCCUCUGGGAAGACUACCCACACGUGUACCUCCCCUUCCAGGUGAAGUUUUUCUACCUGUGCCAGCUGGCCUACUGGCUGCACGCGCUCCCUGAGCUGUACUUCCAGAAGGUACGGAAGGAAGAAAUUCCCCGCCAGCUCCAGUACAUCUGCCUGUACCUAGUCCACAUAGCCGGAGCAUACCUCUUAAACCUGAGCCGCCUGGGCCUGAUCUUGCUGCUGCUGCAGUACUUGACUGAGCUCCUCUUCCACAUGGCUCGACUCUUCUACUUUGCAGACGAAAACAAUGAGAAGCUAUUCAGUGCCUGGGCUGCUGUUUUUGGGGUCACCCGCCUCUUCAUCCUCACCCUUGCCGUGCUGGCCAUUGGCUUUGGACUGGCUCGCAUGGAAAACCAAGCAUUCGAUCCUGAGAAAGGGAACUUCAACACUUUGCUUUGCAGGCUCUGCGUGCUGCUACUGGUGUGUGCUGCCCAGGCGUGGCUCAUGUGGCGCUUCAUCCACUCCCAGCUGCGGCACUGGCGGGAAUACUGGAACGAGCAGAGUGCCAAGCGGAGAGUCCCAGCUGCCCCAAGACUACCAGCCAGGCUCAUCAAGAGGGAAUGUGGUUACCAUGAAAAUGGAGUGGUGAAAGCAGAGAAUGGAACUUCCCCACGGACUAAGAAACUCAAGUCUCCUUAAGGCCAAAGUGCUGAGAACAGGAAUCCUCAUGGUGGGGGCACAGCAGGGGGCGAGGAGCAGGGCCCCUCAUUGCCUCCGCCCUCUGCCUGUGGUGCUCCAUCUCAAACAGCGGAAACCUGUCUUUCAACAAGGGGUUUCUCCUUCUUGGCUUUCUCUUUUUCUUCUAUAAAUCUUUCUCAAUAAAGCCAAAACUCUCUCUCUCUCCC